AUGAGGUCUUCCGGCACCGAAAUUAGUUGUAAUCGACCGCGUGCAGCUGAGAUUCCAGAAACCACGCGUGCUGCUAUUAUUUAUACCCUUGAACUUGGUGAAAAGCCUACCCGAAUUGCCAAAGACCUGAAGGUUUCGCGCCAGACUAUCUAUAAUCCCAAAAAGCACAUCCAAAACCACUAG